AUGUAUAACGAUCGGAUCCGAAUUCAUGAUCGCACCAACGCAUUCACAUAUGCCGUUCAAGGCAACAGGGAGAACUUCCCAAUCAUCUUGAAUUUCCUCUACAACAAUUUCCAGCGUAUCAGAGACACUUAUGGCGGGCCGGCCAGACUAACGAUUGCCAUUAAUGCUUUGGCCGCAUUUAUGAGAAACUUUACUCACAUCUCAGAGUUUCAAGCGUGGGUGUACAGAAAUCAGAUUGCGCUUGGCGAUUCUUUCUCGGCGGGAGUAGGCGUUGUGUCCACCGGCAUCGCUAAUUUGGAAUGGUCCAACAACGUCGCCCUUGAAUUGCUGACUGUCAUUAGAGGCUUUACCAGUUCCGCCAGUGCCAUAACCAUGCCCACUGUUUUGUUAAUAGUAGGCGUGGCCAUUAAUUACUUCAACAGA